AUUUUAGGGGUAACGACUUAGUGGUCUUUACUAACUGUAUGCUCCAAACACAGGGAUUUCCUUGUUUAUGACUGUCAAAUUUCGCAGGUGAUAUCAGGUUGACUUUCCCGUCGCUUUUGAUAUCUCUUAACAUCAAUAAAUUAACACUUCAAAAGAAAGAACCAAUCACAACUUUUAACAUCCACCUUGCUUUUGUCAAUUCAUCAGACCGAGUACUACCAAGUUGUGAUCCCUGAUUCCUUCAUGCAGGAUAUGAAAUGGGGCUUCAAGAGGAAGUGGCCCCAACAUUCAUUCAGAAACCAGAUUUACGUCAGGAGGACGACGGAAACAAGCUGGUAUUUGAAUGUCAGCUGUUAGCUAACCCUAGGCCAGAGGUCAAGUGGUUCCUUGGUGCGGCACAACUUCACAAUGACCUGCGGACAAUCAAUAAAAUUCAGGAGGUUGGACCAUACAGGUACAAAAUCACUCUCGAACUGGAUGACGUACUUGAAACAGAUGCAGGGACGUACCAAGUCACGGCAAAGAAUAAACAAGGCGAAGUUAGUGCUUCAAUCAGCUUGAACUUCAGCCCGGCAGACGAACCACAUGAAAUACAAAUCGAUGGCAUUGCGCCGACGUUCGCUAAGAAGCCGUCCAUUCGACAGGAAGACGAAGGGCGAAAGUUGUUAUUCGAGUGCCGGAUCCUCGCAGAUCCAACACCAACUAUCUCGUGGUAUCAUGAUGGAGUACUUGUUGAACCCAAGGGACGAUACAAGGUUAUUGUUGAAAAAGAUGUGAAUGCUUAUCAUUCUACACUAGAGAUAGAUGAUGUAACAGUAGAAGAUGCUGGAAAAUAUAAAGUAGUAGCCAAGAAUGAACUUGGUGAAAGCAAUGCAACAAUUAGUCUCAAUUUUGACAGUGAUGAACAAGCACCUGGAGAAAGUGCUAAGCCAGUAUUUACAGAAAAACCUGUUAUACGGCAAUCAGAUGAUGGUAGUAAAAUGACUUUUGAAUGCCGUUUAGUAGCAGAUCCUGCUCCAACAAUAGAAUGGUAUCAUGGUGGAAAACUAGUCAAAGAUGGUGGCCGGUUCAAGUAUGGGCUCACCUCUGACAAACAUAAUCACACUGUCUCUUUAGAAAUCAAACAAGUUGAAGCUUCUGAUGGUGGUGAAUACAAAGUUGUGGCUAAGAAUAGCAAUGGUGAUGGUUCUGCUACAAUUAAUCUUAAUUUUGAAGGUGAUUCUGACAAGCCCAAGGUUCCAGAUGGAAAAGCACCCAGAUUUCCACGAAAACCAACAAUAAGACAAGAUGGUGAUAAUCUUAUUCUUGAAUGUAUUUUAGAAGCAAAUCCAUUUCCCCAGAUUACUUGGUAUCAUGGAACCAAGCAGGUUUCUGAGGGAAAGAGGCACAAAUGCAUUAAAAAGAAUGUGUCUACAGACACCUAUUCUCUUUCCUUGGAAAUAAUGGAUCCUACAACUGAAGAUGGUGGGAAUUACAGAUGCAAUGCUGUUAAUGAGCUUGGAGAAAGUAAUGCAAACAUAGCUCUGAAUUUCCAAGGGGGAGAAGCUCCAAAAGAAGAGGGAGAAGGACCAUCCUUUGUGGAAAAACCAAAAAUCAUUCCAAAAGAUGGUGGAAAGCUUAUUGUUAUGCAGUGUCGUGUCAAGUCCACACCACCUCCAAAAUCAACAUGGUACCAAGGAACUCUUAUUGUUAAAGAAUCAAACCGAGUCAAGAGCCAGAUAAUAAAUGAGGGGAAUGAUGAAUAUACAGUGGUACUUGAAAUCAAAGAUCCAAGUGCUGAAGAUGGUGGAACAUACAAGUGUAACAUAAAGAAUGACAAUGGAGAAAUCAAUGCUAACCUAAAUUUAAACAUUGAAGGAGAAAAAAAGCCCCCUGGUGAAGCUCCAACUUUUAUUGAAAAACCCAGAAUUAUCCCUGAAGAUGGAGGAAAAAGAAUCAUAAUGGAAUGUAAGGUCCAUGCUAAACCCAAACCAGAUAUUGUGUGGUACCGGGAAGGCACAGUUGUGAAAGAAACAACUCGCAUCAAGCAAACAAUAACAGAAGAAAAGGAUGUGUAUCACAUAAAACUAGAGUUAAAGGAUCCUGAAUUGACAGAUGCUGGCUUGUAUAAAUGUAAUGUGAAGAAUUCUGCUGGUGAAAGCAAUGCCAACUUGACACUAAAUAUUGAAUUGGCUCCUGUCAUUAAAGAAAAGCCAAGAGUUGUGCGGAAAGAACAUCACAAGAAGAUCAUAAUAGAAUGUCAUGUGCAGUCCGCAGCAAAACCACAGUGUAUGUGGUACAGGGAAACCACAAUGAUCCGAGAAGAUACCAGACAUUCAGUAUUUAUCCAAGAGAUCAGUAAGGGUGAAUAUUCUGUAGCUCUUGAGAUUGAAAAACCUUCUGAAGAAGACAAAGGAACAUAUAAGCUCAUGGCUAAGAAUGAGAAAGGAGAAGUGUCUUCUCAGGCAGUACAGGUGGACUUUGAAGCACCACCAGAAGAAAAGAAAGAAGAACCCAAGAAAAAGGAACCAGAAAAAAAACCUGCUGGAGAGAAACCAAAAGUUGUUCAGUACCCUAAAUCUCUGACAGUGGAAGAAGGAAAAUCUGCUGAAUUUACUUGUAAAAUUGACUCUAAGCAAAAAGCUACUGUUACAUGGUUCAAGAACAAAAAGGUUAUAAAAGAGUCUAGGGAUUACAAGAUGUCAUUUGAUGGAUCAAGUACAUCCCUGACAAUUGUCAAAGCCACGUCAGAGUUUUCUGGUAAUUACUCAGUAGAAAUUGUGAAUGAGUAUGGAAAAGAAGAAUGUUCUGCUGAGCUCACUGUUAAAGAGUCAAAGAAGCCAGAAGAAAAGAAAGAGGAAAAACCAGAAAAGAAGCCAGAAGAGAAGAAAGAGGAGAAACCAGAAAAGAAGCCAGAGAAGAAGGACGAAAAGAAGCCUGAGUCUUUACUAGAUAACAAACCAGUUAAAAAGAAGAAUGCUGAUCAUGGCAUGCAAAACAAAUCCAAAGACCAGCAUAAAAAAAAGCUUAAUUGUGAAAAAAUAAAAGAAAAACCAAUUGAAAUGGAUCAAACUCAAGUCAGUAAAGAAAGCAUAAUAUCACAAAAUACUUUAGUUAGUAGCACCCAAGCUCAUUCUGAAGAUAGUUCUGGUCACCCAAAACAGUCAGAGGCACCUGUUGCACAAACACAACCACGUAGGAUGAGUGGAGUGUUUUUGUUAACAAUGCCUGACUCACUUCUGCAAGAACAGAUUGUUGUGGAAGAAGAUGAGAAAUUAUCGGCUGAACCUUAUUUCCAUACUGGUCAAAAACCAACAAUAACUAUUCAGGAUCUGACAUCAGAUCGAUCUUCUUGUGACUCCCAGAGCAGGCGAAGUUCCAUAGAUGAACCAUCCUCGCAGCGACGAGGCUCUGUCGGCAGUGGAAGAUCCCUUUCACCAGCUGACGGUCAUAGACGAUCAAUCAGUCUUGCUUCAGGAGAUCAACUUCGAAGUGGUGCUGUGUCAGUCACCUCCAACCCAGCUUCUCAUUUUCCUCCAGGAUCUUUGUUGAGUGUGAGUGGACAUACAAUAUCAGUUGAGGAACUGGAGGACUUAUGGCAGAAAGGGUUAAUGGUUGAUGAAUCUGGCAAAACUAAGAAGCUGCGUCCUGGUGAGGUAGUAGAAGUGAGACAGAGACGCAAGUCAAGCACAGAUAUCAGGAGACAGAGUGUGGCUGACAUUCAGGAGCUUGUUGACAGACCCUCUACUCCUUUGCGACCUAUUCCUGAGAAUGAAGGGGCUCCACCGGUGAUUGUAGAUUAUCAGGAUAACAUUAGUUCAGUGGAAGGUUCACCUGCAUACCUGACAUUCCAAGUUGAAGGAAAUCCUGCACCACAGUUUCAUUUUUACAAAGGAAUUACAGAAAUCUAUGAAGGUGGCCGUUUUACGAUUGGUACAGAUGGAGAUACUAACUCAGUGUACCUGUGUAUCCGCAAGGCAAAGUCUACAGAUGAGGGCAAAUACAAAAUUGUUGCAUACAAUGAUCUUGGAGAAGACACAGUAAAUGUAACUUUAUUUGUCAGUGAUGAAAGUGGUAUGGACUUCAGGGCUAUGUUAAAACACAGGCAGUAUGCUAAAUGGGGUAAAAAUAAAAAUGAUCCAGACUGGGGUGAAUUACAGAAAGUAGAAGAAGAUCCAAAAGCUAAACUCAAAGAGACAAAGAGUGGUGAACGCCGUGGCUCCCGGGAAGGUCGGCGUCCUUCAUUGGCCGAACUAAUACCUGACUGGCCGGUGCUACAAAAAGUCGAAAGAGGAAAGAAAGUUGAAACUUUCUUGAAACCUUUGGCUAAUAUACGAGUUAAAGAGGGGAAAGAUAAGACUGCCAGGUUUGAUGCUGUCUUCUCCAAAUCCAACGUAAAGGCGAAAUGGUUCAAAGGGAGGGAUGAACUCUUUCUCAGCAAGAAGUAUCACAUGAACAGCACUGGUGAUCUUCACGUUCUUGAAGUGAUGGAGCCAACUGUUGAAGAUGCAGGCAAAUACAUAAUCAAGUGCCUGGAUACAUCUUGUUCUGCAAUACUGGAAGUUGAAGAUCCUGAUCCAGUGUACAAGUUCACUAAGAAACUUCCAGCUAAGACAGAACAGUACACUGGUAAGGAGACUGUGCUCGAGUGUACUGUCAGCCAUUAUAAGGCUCCUGUCAAUUGGUACAAAGAUGGAAAGAAGAUUGAAGCUGGAGAUAAGUUUGUCAUUGAAAGUGAUCCACUAGGAAGAAAAAUCUUGAAAAUCCAAAACUCUACACCAGAAGACAGUGGUGAAUAUUCUUGUAAGAUCAAUGCUCAGGAAAAGACAACAACCAAGGCAGUUAUUACAGACCAGAAGUUUAUCUUUGUGAAACCUUUGAAAAGCAUGAAGGUCACUGAAAAUGAAACUGUUACCUUGGAGUGUGAAGUAGAUGAGUGGGAAGCUCCUGUUAACUGGUUCAAAGGGGAUACUGAAGUCACACCUGAUAAGAGAAUUGAACUUCUAGCAGAAGGAAGAAAACGACGUCUGGUUUUUAAACAAGUGAAAGUAAGUGAUGAAGGCCACUACUGUUGCAAGACUAAUGGUGAUGAGACUACUGGUGAACUAAUUGUUGAACCUGCAAAUAGAAUAGUCAAGAAGUUGAAGGACCAAAAUGUGCUAGAGAGAGAACUGGUUGUUCUAGAAAUGGAAAUGUUAGAUCCAAAGGCACCACUAACAUGGUUCAAGGACGGAGUGCCUGUGAAGCCUACAGACAGGAUUUCCAUCAAGAUGCUUAGUGAUGGAAAGCAUCAACUGAUCAUCAGCAAUUGUCAGAUGGAAGAUGAUGGAACUUAUGGGUGUGAAUGUAAGGACUUGAAGUCGAGCUGUAAACUAAAUGUUUCAGAAGCUGAAAAAGCACCAAUCAUCAAGCUGGAGAGCUAUGAUUUUAUUGGAGACUCUGGCAAGCCCAUGACUCUUGAAAUACCAUAUUUAGUUACUGGAACCAGAACAUCAGAUGUAGUAGCCAAGUACCUUAGAAAUGGCCAACCUGUAUCCAAAAAAGAAUGUGAUAUAGCUGUCAAACAAGACAAGGUCCUGAUCACUCUGAAAAAAGCUUUCAGAGGAACUUCUGGCAAUUAUGAAUUCGAAAUUGGCAAUGAACAAGGCAAAGAUGCAUGCCAACUGAAUAUUAAUGUCCUUGAUGUUCCUAAACCACCAGAAGGACCCCUGAAUGUAUUUGAUGUCUAUAAAGAUAGAUGUAAGUUAUCAUGGAACCCUCCAACAGACAAUGGUGGCCUACCACUUUUAAAUUAUGUGGUGGAACGACAAGAUCUGGGUGUGAGGGGAGGCUGGACUGAAGUAGCUCGGACUGAAGAAACAAAAAUUGACAUAACAGAUCUUAAAGCAAAGAAAGAAUACAAAUUUCGAAUACGUGCUCAUAACAAGAAAGGAUUAUCUGAACCUCUUAAUGCAGAUAAAACAACCCUUGCUAAAGAUCCUUAUGAUGAGCCUAGUAAACCAGGAAAUGUGGAGAUAACUGACUGGGAUAAGGACUUUGUUGAUCUUAAAUGGGUUCCUCCAGAAAAUGAUGGUGGUGCUCCUAUCACUGGCUAUCUCCUGGAGUACAAAGACAAGUUCUCAAAUGACUGGACUAAAGCACUGGAAGUCCCAGCAGAUCAACUUAAAGGGAAAGUGGAAGGGUUAAAAGAAGGAAUACAAUACCAGUUUCGUGUGCGUGCUAUUAAUAAAGCUGGCCCUGGUGAUCCCAGUGAUCCCACUAAGCCUUUGAUUGUUAAAUCACGGUUUGUGAAACCAUAUAUUAUUGGUGACCAGCUCACAAACUUGAUUAUCAAGAAAGGUCAAAUGGUAAAGUAUGACAUUACAUUUGGAGGUGAGCCUCCUCCAGAAGUUCUCUGGGAAUUAAAUGGUGCAGAAAUCAAACCCUCAAAUAGGAUCACCAUUGAUAAAACAAAGAAAGAUACAAUGUUAACAGUGAGAAGUGCUGUUAGGGCAGAUAGUGGGAAAUACACAUUGACUUUAACAAACAGCUCAGGGACUGCAACAUCUGUUGGUGAAGUUGUUGUAUUAGAUAAGCCAAUGCCACCACAAGGCCCACUGAAAGCGGAAGAGGUGCGUGCUAAUCACGUCAAACUUAAAUGGAAAAGACCUAAAGAUUGUGGUGGCCAACAGCUUCAGGGGUAUGUUGUUGAAAAAAUGGAUGUUGAAACUGGAAGAUGGGUUCCAGCUGGAGAAGUCGGACCAGACAAAGAUGGCAUCAAAGUGGAUGGACUUACACCCAAGAAGAAGUACAAGUUUAGGGUCAAAGCUGUGAACAAGGAGGGUGAAUCUGAACCUUUGGAAAUGGCUGAACCAAUUUUAGCAAAGAAUCCCUAUGAUGAACCUGAUAAACCAUCUGUUCCAAGCAUAGUAGACUGGGAUAACACACGUGUUGACCUUCAAUGGUCGGCACCUGAGAAUGAUGGAGGUCGUCCAGUCACACACUACAUCAUUGAGAUGAAAGACAAGUUUAGUGCUGAUUGGGUAGAGGCUUUAAAAACUGAAGACACUACCCCUGAAGCUCGAGUGCCGGGCCUGAAAGAAAACAUGGUGUAUCAGUUCCGUGUGCGAGCAGUGAACAUUGCUGGUCCUGGUGAACCAAGUGACCCUACCAAUAAUCAUCUUGUAAAACACAGAUAUUUGAAACCAAUGAUUAACCGAAGCACAUUGAAAAAUGUGACAAUUAAAGUAGGAAGAUCACACAAGUAUGAAGUGGAUAUCAAGGGUGAACCACCCCCAGAUGUCAUCUGGACAUUUGGUCAGGCUGCAACCAAACUUUCCAAUGAUGACUAUAUUAAAAUUGACAACAAAGACUACCACUGUGAUUUCACAUUAUUUAAAGCAAGUAGAAAACAUUCAGGACGGUACACAAUCACUGCUACCAACUCCUCUGGCAAGGAUUCUGUUUCUGUGGAUAUUACAGUUCUUGGAAAGCCAACUGCACCUGAGGGACCAUUAGAGGUUUCAGACGUCCACAAGGAAGGCUGUAAGCUUAAGUGGAAAAAACCUAAAGAUGAUGGUGGAACUCCAGUCAAACAGUAUGAAAUUGAAAAGUUCGACAAAGAGUCUGGUCGCUGGACACGUUGUGGCAAAAGUGACAAGCCAGAAUUUGAGAUCACAGAUUUGACACCUGGGAAGGAAUAUAAAUUCCGUGUUGCAGCUAUCAAUGAUGAAGGAGAUUCAGAACCCUUGGAGACACUUGAGCCAAUCAUUGCAAAGAAUCCCUAUGAUGAACCAGGGAAACCAGGAACACCAGAAUUGGUUGACUGGGAUAACAAAAGUGUGGACCUUAAGUGGGAUGCUCCUGCUAAUGAUGGUGGUGCUCCCAUCACAAGAUAUGUCAUUGAAAAAAAAGAAAAGUUCAACUUGAACUGGGAAAAAGCUCUUGAGGUGCCAGGAGAUAAACUAGAAGCCAAAGUAGUUGACCUGAAAGAACGGCAAGAAUAUCAGUUUAGGGUUGUAGCCAUCAACAAAGCAGGACCUGGAGAACCUAGUGAAGCAACAAAGAAUCACUUGGUGAAACAUCGACGAUUGAAACCUCGUAUAGAUCGCACCAACCUAGAUACCGUGACAGUAAAGAAGGGUAGAAAUAUUAAACUGGAUGUGGAUAUCAAAGGAGAACCUCCACCAAAAGUUACUUGGAUGCUGAAAAAGAAGGUUGUGGAAAGUAAAGAUCAUGUGGAGAUAAUCAAUGUUGAUUAUAAUACAAAAUUAAACAUUACUGAUGCACUCAGGAAACACACUGGUCUGUACACUAUCAUAGCAGAAAACGAACAUGGAAAGGACGAAGCAGAAGUGGAAAUUAUAGUACUAGGAGCACCUUCAAAACCUAAAGGUCCUUUAAAGGUAGAGAAUGUACAUGCUAAGGGCUGUAAACUGAAAUGGAACAAACCUGAAGAUGAUGGAGGAAAACCCAUCCAACAUUAUGUUGUUGAGAAGAUGGACAAAGAAACAGGCAACUGGCUUCCAGUUGGCCGUACUGACUCAGACAACCCAGAAAUGGAUGUAAAGGGUCUAACACCUGGCAAGGAUUAUGAAUUCCGUGUAAAAGCAGUAAACCCCGAGGGUGAAUCAGACCCUCUAGUGACUGACGGACCUACUACAGCAAAAAAUCCUUAUGAUGAACCUGGUGCUCCCACAACACCUGAGAUUGUUGACUGGGAUGAGAAGCGUGUUGACUUAAAAUGGAAGGCACCUAAGAAUGAUGGAGGUGCCCCUAUUACAGGCUAUGUAAUUGAGAAAAAAGAGCGAUUUGGUGCAGACUGGGAACCAUGUGUAGAAACAGAUACUCCAAACCCUGAAGCAACUGUUCCAGGUCUGAUUAAAGAUCAACAGUACCAAUUCCGGGUUCGAGCUGUCAAUAAGGCUGGACCAGGUGAACCUAGUGAACCCACAGGAAAUCAUAUUGCCAAGGCAAGAUUUUUGGCACCAAAGAUCAUUCGAGACAUCUUUGAACCCAUCAGAGUUAAGGCUGGUCUAAGUGCUAAAUUGGAUGUAGAAGUUAUUGGAGAACCUCCUCCAACCUUGACCUGGACAUUUAAGGACAAGGAAUUGGAGGCAAGUGACAAAGUGAAAAUCAACAAUGAAGAUUACCAUACACAUUUGCAGUUGAAUAACCUAACCCGGAAAGAAUCUGGAAAGUACAAAAUCACAGCUGUCAACAGUUCUGGAAAAGAUGAAGAAGAUAUUGAUGUAAUUGUACUUGAUAAACCAUCACCACCAGAGGGACCAUUAGAUGUCUUGGAUGUUCAUGCACAUGGAUGCAAGCUGAAGUGGACUGAACCUCUUGAUGAUGGUGGUAUGCCUCUUCAAGGAUAUCAAGUGGAGAAAAUGGACACUGCAACUGGUCGCUGGGUUCCAGUAGGACGAGCAGACAAAGAUCAAAACCAAAUUAAUGUGCCUGGAUUAGAACCAGGAAAGAAGUACAAAUUCCGUGUGAAAGCUAUUAAUGAUGAAGGAGAAUCAGAACCACUGGAAACAGAUAGAGCAACUGUUGCUAAGAAUCCUUAUGUGGAACCAGGGAGCCCAGGAGUCCCUAAGAUUGCUGAUUAUGACAAGGACUUUGUACAACUUGAAUGGGAACCACCAUUCAAUGAUGGAGGAGCCCCAAUUACAGGCUAUGUCAUAGAGAAGAAGGAUAAGUAUAGCCCUGAGUGGCUUCCUGCAGUAGAAAUUCGUGGGAAUACGACACAGGGGAAAGUUCAGGGUUUACAUGAAGGCGAGAAAUAUGAAUUCAGGGUACGAGCAGUCAAUAAGGCUGGACCAGGUGAACCAAGUGAAGCCAUUGGCCCUCAUACUGCUAAGCCUAAAUUUUUAAAACCCAGAAUUGACCAAACAAAUCUGAAGAACAUAACAGUGAAGGCUGGACAUCCAGUAAGUUUUGAUGUGAACAUCAUUGGUGAGCCACCUCCAAAAGUAGAAUGGAUCUUCAAGGAGAAAGUUCUUGAGUUAGGAGAAAUAUACAGGAUUGAUAAUGUAGACUACAAUUCAAAGUUUUACAUCAUGAGAGCCACUCGUAAAGAAAGUGGUAUUUACACCAUUACUGCAACAAACAGCAGUGGAAGCGACAAAGCUCAGGUUGAAGUGACAGUUUUAGGUAAGCCAGGCAAGCCAAAAGGACCUUUGGAAGUUAAAGAUGUCCAUAAGGAGGGCUGUUCAUUGAAGUGGAAGGCACCUGAAGAUGAUGGUGGUGCUCCUAUUGAACAUUAUGAAGUGGAAAAGAUGGAUGAGGAUACUGGGUUGUGGCUUCCUGCUGGAAAAUCCACAGAGCCAAACUUCCAGGUUAAUAACUUAGUCCCAGGUAAAAAGUACAAGUUCCGUGUUCGUGCCGUGAACAAGGAAGGUGACUCAGAUGAAUUAGAAACAGAUCAUUCUACCCUAGCCAAAGAUCCAUUUGAUGCACCAGGAAAACCUGGCCGUCCAGAGCCAGUUGACUGGGAUAAGGAUCAUGUGGAUCUCAGAUGGACACCUCCUGAUAAAGAUGGUGGUUCACCUGUUACUGGCUAUAUUUUAGAAAAGAGGAAGAAAGGAGCUCACAAGUGGCAGAAAGCAAAGCAGGUGCAUGGGGACAUGACAACUGGAACAGUACCAGACCUUGAAGAAGGUGAAGAGUAUGAAUUCAGGGUUGUAGCUGUGAACAGAGCAGGGCCAGGUGAACCCAGUGAAUCCUCUAAAAGUGUUGUAGCCAAGCCCAGAAAUUUGGCCCCCUGUAUUGAUCGCACUAAUCUCAAGACUGUGAAAGUACGGUCUGGUGAGAAGGUUCAUCUUGAUGUUAAAGUUCAGGGUGAACCUCCACCAACAAUCAAAUGGCUUUUAAAUGGUGAAGCUGUGAAAACAACAGAUAAAUUAAAGAUUACAGUUGAAGAUUACCACACUGUGUUUUUACUGAAGAAGGCUAGGAGGAAAGAUAGUGGCAAAUACACCAUUAGUGCUAAAAAUGACUCUGGUAGUGAUGAAGCUACAGUUGAAAUCAUUGUGCUUAGCAAACCAAGCAAACCUAAGGGACCCCUUGAGGUAUCAGAUGUUCAUGCAGAGGGCUGCAAGCUAAAAUGGAACAAACCAGAAGAUGAUGGUGGUGAACCAGUUGAACAAUAUGUAGUAGAAAAGAUGGAUACUGAGACAGGUCGGUGGGUUCCAAUUGCAACUUCAAAAGAGCCUGAAGCAGAAAUUAGUGGACUCUUACCUGGAAAAGAAUACAAGUUCCGAGUAAAGGCAGUGAACCCAGAAGGAGAGUCGGAGCCUCUUGAAACAGAGAAACCAAUGCUUGCUAAAGAUCCAUUUGAUGAACCAGGCAAACCUGGUAAACCUUCAGCCAAAAACUGGGACCGACAUCAUGUUGAUCUUGCUUGGGAUCCUCCAGCUAAGGAUGGAGGUUCACCCAUCACCAGCUAUAUCAUUGAGAAAAGAGAUAAAUACAGCACAAAGUGGCAGAAGGGAGUGGAGAUUAUUGGUGAUAAGUGUGAGGGUAGAAUACCUGACCUCAUAGAGGACAUGGAGUACCAGUUUAGAGUUCGGGCUGUAAACAAAGCAGGUCCAGGAAAUCCAAGUGAUCCAUCUGAAACUAUUAUUGCAAAACCUAGGUUUUUGGCACCUAAAAUUGAGAAGAUGAAAGAUCUAACCAUACAUGCUGGACAAUCUGUUAAAUUUGAGGUGAAAGUCAUUGGAGAACCACCACCAAAGAAAACAUGGUCACAUAAUGGCCACGCACUAACGUCUGAUGGACAUGUAACCAUAGAUUCUGAGAAAUACAAAGCCAAAUUGAACAUCAGUAAUGGCGUACGUAAGGACAGUGGUGUGUAUUGCCUGACUGCUGAAAAUACUUCUGGUAAAGAUGAAGGUACCAUGCAGAUCACAGUUUUAGACAAACCUUCCACACCAGAAGGCCCACUAGAGAUUUCAGAUAUUCAUGCUGAGGGCUGCAAGUUGAAAUGGAAUCCACCAAAAGAUGAUGGUGGAGAACCUUUGGAUCAUUACUUGGUUGAGAAAUUGGACAAGGAAAGUGGCCUUUGGCAGCCCAUUGGUCGCUCAUCCAAACCAGAAAUGGAAGUUAACAAUUUGACACCAGGUGAGGAAUACAAGUUCCGAGUUCGAGCUGUCAAUCCUGAAGGAGAAUCUGACCCAUUGGAAGCUGAAAAACCAAUAAUUGCUAAAGAUCCAUAUGAUAAGCCAGAUAAACCUGGAAAUGUAGUGGUAAAAGACUGGGACAAAAAUCAUGUGGAUUUGAAGUGGAAACCUCCCACGAAGGAUGGUGGGGCACCAAUCACAGGCUAUAUUAUUGAGAGAAAGGGUAAAGGUGAAAAAGAAUGGUCAAGAGUAGCUCAUGUUGAUGGAGAUUCCUGUGAGGGUCGAGUUCCAGAUCUUGUAGAAGGAGAGACAUAUCAGUUCCGAGUAAGAGCUGUAAAUGCUGCUGGACCAGGUGAACCUAGUGAUGCUACUAAACCUGUUACAGCAAAACCCAGAAAAUUGGCUCCCAAAAUUGAUCGCAGGACAUUGAGACCAAAGAAGCUGAAGGCUGGACAGGAAUUUGACUUUGAUGUGAAAAUUAUUGGAGAACCUCCUCCAGAUGUCUCCUGGAAGAUAAAAGAUAGACCAGUGGUUGAAAGGACAACAUUAUCCAUUGAGAAUGUACCUUACAACUCCAGACUCAUCUGUACCAAGGCUGAGCGAAAAGAUAAUGGAAUCUAUCACAUUAUUGCAGUCAACCAACAUGGACAAGAUGAUGCUGAGGUGGAAGUCAUUGUAUUGUCUAAGCCUGCCAAACCAGAAGGUCCUUUAGAAGCUUUAGAUGUACACAAGAAAGGCUGUAAGCUCAAAUGGAACAAACCCAAAGAUGAUGGAGGAGAGCCCAUUGAUCAUUACUUGAUUGAAAAAUUGGAUCCUGACACUGGUUCCUGGAUACCUGUGGGAAAGAGCCAUUUGCCUGAGGUGGAAGUGACAGACCUGUCUCCAAACAGAGCUUACCAAUUCCGUGUGAAAGCAGUAAACAAAGAAGGAGAUUCCGAACCUCUGGAAACUCUAGCUCCUGUAAUAGCCAAGGAUCCAUAUGACCCACCAGAUUCACCUGGGCGACCAGAGCCCACAGACUGGAAUCGAGACCAUGUGGACUUGCAGUGGACUGCACCUGAAAAAACUGGUGGUGCUCCCAUUACUCAUUAUAUUAUUGAGAAGAAAGAGAAAGGAAGUACACGAUGGGAAAAAGCAUCUGAAGUUCCUGGUGAUAAGUGUAAAGGAACAGCUCCUUUCCUCCAAGAAGGAAAGGAAUAUGAGUUCCGAGUGAUCGCUGUCAAUAAGGCUGGUCCUGGUGAACCAAGCCAGGCUUCAAAGCCUCUUAUAGCUAAACCUCGUUUCUUGGCUCCUACAAUUGAUCGAAAGACUUUGAAGGAUGUGACUAUUAAGGCAGGUCAAAGCUUGAAAUUUGAUGUCAAUAUUUCUGGAGAACCACCACCAACAGUAACAUGGACUAUUGAAGAGGAGGUUCUACUGUCAAAUGAUCACAGAAAUAUUGAUAAUGUUGACUAUAACACCAAGUUAAUUGUUAGACAAUCAAAUCGGUCAGAUAGUGGGAAGUAUGUCAUUACUGCCUCCAACAGCUCAGGAAAAGACACUGCUUCUGUGAAUGUUACAAUUUUAGACAAACCUACUGCUCCAGAAGGUCCACUUGAAGUUUCUGAUGUUCACAAGCAUGGCUGUAAGCUGAAAUGGAACAAGCCAAAAGAUGAUGGUGGAAUGCCUCUUGAUGGAUAUGAAGUUGAAAAAUUGGACCCUGAAACUGGAAUUUGGGUUCCAGUUGGAAAAACAAAAGAGCCAGGAAUGGAUGUGACAGGUCUGACUCCAGGCAAAGAUUACAAGUUCAGAGUGCGAGCACUGAAUAAAGAAGGGGAGUCUGAACCACUUGAAACUGAUGAAGCUAUCACUGCAAAGAAUCCCUUUGAUGAGCCUGGUAAACCAGGGACACCUGAAGUUGUUGACUGGGACAAAGAUCAUGUUGAUAUUCAGUGGACUCCUCCUGAAAAUGAUGGAGGCUCUCCUGUUACUGGGUAUGUCAUUGAGAAGAAAGGCAAGUAUGGGGAUUGGGAGAAAGCUGUGGAGGUGCCUGCAGACAAGACUGCAGCCACUAUCCCUAACCUAGCCGAACGUCAACCCUAUGAGUUCCGAGUAAGAGCUAUCAACAAAGCUGGCCCUGGUGAACCAAGUGAAGCCACUCUGCCAGUUGUGACCAAACCAAGACAUUUGGCACCUAAGAUUGAUCGUCGAAACUUGCAGAAGGUUCGUAUCAAGGCAGGUCAGUCUUUCCACUUUGAUGUUGAUGUAAUUGGUGAACCUCCACCAACUAUUACUUGGCAACUGAAGGACAAGAUCAUUACACCAUCUGAUCAUGUGAAACUGGUAAAUGAGGAGUACAACACAAAACUAACUGUUCGUCAUGCCCGAAGAGAACAUCAUGGAGUGUAUACAAUCACUGCUGUCAAUGAAAAUGGUCAAGAUGAAGCUGAAGUGGAUGUCUUUAUACUUGAUAAACCAGCACCACCUGGUGGUCCAUUGAAAAUUGAAGAUGUCCAUGCUGAAGGCUGUAAACUGAAAUGGAAACCACCUUCUGAUGAUGGUGGUGCUCCAAUAGAUCAUUAUAUCAUUGAGAAAAUGGAUCCUCAAACUGGAAUUUGGACUCCAGCAUGUGAAACUAUUGGUGCCGAGACUGAGACAGAGGUUCAAGGACUUCAACCAGGAAAAACAUACAAGUUUCGUGUGAAGGCUGCAAAUAGACAAGGAGAGUCUGAUCCUCUAGUAGCAGAUAAAUCCAUUGUAGCCAAGAAUCCAUUUGAUCAGCCUGGCAAACCAGGAACACCUGAAAUUGAUGACUUUGACAAAGACUUUGUAAAACUGAAAUGGAGUCCUCCAGAAUCUGAUGGUGGAACUCCUAUUGUUGGAUAUGUUAUAGAAAAGAAGGAUAAGUUCAAUCCUGAAUGGAGCCCUGUGCUAGAGGUACCAGGAGAUAGUACUACAGCUGAAGUUCCAGAUCUUAUUGAAGGCAACCAGUAUGAAUUCAGAGUUCGUGCCAUUAAUAAAGGGGGACCAGGAGAGCCAAGUGAUGGCACAGCACCACACAUUGCAAGACCUAAAAACUUACCACCAUUGAUUGAACGCAGUGCUAUGUAUAAUGUCAGAAUUAAAGCAGGCAAGAACUUUGAGUUCAGUGUACCAGUUCAAGGAGAGCCACCUCCAACCAAGAAGUGGAAUCUGGAUGGCAAACCUGUAGAUGUUAAGUCAAGAUGGACAAUAAAGCAUGAGGACUACAAAACUCAUCUGAGUGUUAAAAAUGCUGAACGUGGUGACACUGGAUCUCUAACUCUAACAGCAACUAAUGUCAAUGGAACUGAUAGUGCUAAAGUUAACAUUACUGUAUUAGAUGUCCCCUCUCCACCUCAGAACUUGAUGGUUGGUGACGUUACUAAAGAAAGCUGCACAGUAAUGUGGGAACCUCCAAAGGACGAUGGUGGUUUUGAAGUCACUCAUUAUGUAGUUGAGAAGAAAGAUGAUGAAACAGGACGGUGGGUCCCUGUAGGAGAAUCAGUUGGCACUAAUAUUCAUGCUGAUAAGCUGAUUGAGAACCACGAAUAUGUGUUCCGAGUGAAAGCUGUUAACAAAGAAGGAGAAUCAGCUUGGUUAACUGGAUCUCAUUCCAUCACUGCUAAAAACCCAUUUGACCAACCUGAUAAGCCCAUGCCUCCAGAAGUUACUGACUGGGAUAAAGACCAUGUUGAUCUUGAAUGGCGACCUCCUCGUAAUGAUGGUGGUGCCCCUAUAAGUGAAUAUAUAAUUGAAAAGAAAUCUAAGUCUAGUCCCGUGUGGGCUGAGGCAGUUCGAGUACCAGGUGAUGCAACCAAGGCUACUGUUCCAAGUUUGAAGGAAGGUGAAGAAUAUGAGUUCCGUAUUGUUGCCGUCAACAAAGGUGGCCCAAGUGAUCCUAGUGAUCCUUCACAAUCUGUUAUUGCUAAGCCUCGUUUCUAUGCUCCAAUUUUAGACAAAACAGCUCUUCAUGACCAGAAGGUGCGUGCAGGUAGACCAAUUAACUACAGUAUACCAGUUAAAGGAGAACCGUUACCCAGAGUAACAUGGCAAAUCAAUGACAAGUCAGUAGUUGGAAACCCAAGAGUUGAACUUACUUCUACUGCUGGACAAACUAUUCUGGACAUCCAGUCUUCUUUGCGUUCUGACAGUGGAAGGUACACUUUAGUUCUGGAAAACAGUUACGGGAAGACCAGUGCAUCUGCUAAUGUUACUGUUAUGGAUCGUCCUUCACCACCUGAAGGACCAUUGACAGUCUAUGAGGUAACGAGGAACUCUGCACAUCUGAGUUGGAAGGCUCCUUUGGAUGAUGGUGGAGUGCCCAUUAAGUAUUACAUCAUUGAAAAGAUGGAUGUUUCUAGGGGAACAUGGGUAGAUGUAGGCAAGACGCCUCACCAGAACUAUAAAGUUGGAAAACUUGUCCACAGGAAAUCAUAUCAAUUCCGUGUUCGUGCAGUAAAUGAAGUUGGAGAAUCUGAUUCUUUGGAAAAUGAAGAACCAAUCAUUGCCAGAGAUCCAUGUGAGCAACCCACUGCUCCUGGUAAACCUCAGGUUACUGACUGGGAUAGCGAUCAUGUGGAUUUAGAAUGGACACCCCCAAAAGAUGAUGGAGGAUCUCCUAUCACUAGUUACAUCAUUCAGAAGAAGGAGCGGGGCUCUCCACACUGGUCCAAAGCAGCUGAAAUUCCUGCUACUGAAACUAAAGGAACUGUACCCAAUCUUGUGGAAGGAACAGAAUAUGAAUUCAGAGUUGUUGCUAAGAAUGAUGGUGGAGAAGGAGAACCCAGUGAGCCAUCGGAUAUGGUCACUGCAAAACCCAGAUUUUUGGCACCAAAAAUUCUCACUCCAAUGAAAGAACUUAAGGUGAAGAUAGGGCGUACAGUCAACACAGAGGUCAAGUUUAUUGGUCAGCCACCUCCAGAGGUCGUUUGGACACUGAAUGGAAAAAAAUUAACAUCUGAUGAUAGAAUCACCAUCUCAUCUUUUGAAGAAUACACAAUUGUUAAUGUUGUAAAUGCCAAAAGGCAAGACAGUGGGCCUUACACCUUAACUCUGACUAAUGAUAGUGGAAAAGAUUCUGGCACCCUAACAGUCAUUAUUCUUGACAAACCUGCUCCUCCAGAAGGACCACUGAAUGUUGAUAAGGUUGACAAAGACAAUAUAACAUUGUCUUGGAAACCACCCGAAGACAGUGGAGGCUCAGACCUAAUCGGUUAUGUAGUUGAGAAACGAGACAAGACUCACGGAGGAGUGUGGGUUCCAGCUGUAUUACAUGUCCCAGCAAACAGUACAUCCUGCACAGUACCAAAAUUAAUUGAAGGAACUGAGUACGAGUUCCGUGUGAUGGCUGAAAACACUCAAGGUACUUCAGAACCUCUCACCACUACCAGACCUGCUGUGGCUAGAAGUCCAUAUGGUAAGUAUCAAGGUAAUGAGUUCACAGACAAUAGUGUCAUGGAUGGUCAUCAAUAUGAGUACAGAGUAAUUGCUAACAACAAAGCAGGAGCCAGUGAGCCUAGCAAAGCCUCUUUGCCUAUUGCUGCCAAACCAACCAAAGAAAAACCAAAACUUCAUCUUGAUGGCUUGUAUGGGCGUACUAUCCGUGUAAAGGCUGGUGAUCCUCUAAAUAUCAACAUCCCCCUCACGGGAGCUCCUGCCCCAACUGUCACAUGGAAAUUUAAUAAGAAGCCUAUAACUCCUACAAACAGAAUCAAAACUGAGAGUGGAGAGGAUAGUAUUACUUUAACUAUCCCUCACUCUCAGCGUGGUGAUUCUGGCACGUACACAAUCAUGGCUGAGAACCCAUAUGGAAAAGAUUCUGCUGAUAUUAACGUCUUUGUCUAUGAUAAACCUAGUCCACCUCAGGAACCUUUUGAGUAUCCAGCUGCUACAAGUGCCACUGUCACUCUCAAGUGGCGUCCACCAGAGGACAAUGGUGGAUCAGAUAUUACAGGAUAUAUUAUUGAGAAGUGUGACUUUGGCUCUGACAAGUGGGCUUCUGUUGGAGCCUACUGUUCUACCACUACAUACACAGUCAAAGACUUGGUGGAAGGAAAUCAGUACAAGUUCCGGGUGAAAGCUGAAAAUAUGUAUGGUGUUAGUGAACCCCUAGAGGGAAAACCAGUUGCAGCUAAAAAUCCUUUUGAAACUCCAGAUGCUCCUAGUCAGCCAAUUGUUAAUGACUAUGGGCCAACAUUUGUUAGCCUUUCUUGGACACCACCACUUCAUGAUGGAGGAAAACCUGUCAAAGGCUACCUGAUAGAAAAGCGAGAAACUGGAUAUCCAGAGUGGUCCCGAGUUACCUCUUCUCCCCUACCUGAUACUGAAUUUACUGUACCAAACUUAAAAGAAGGUCAGACAUAUGAAUUCCGUGUCAUUGCUGUAAAUGAGGGAGGACCUGGAAAACCUAGCAAACCUUGUCAGCCUGUUACAGCCAAAGAAAGACGAUUUGCACCUGAAGCUCCUGAUGCACCCCAUGUUGACAAGAUAACUAAGAACUCUGCAACUUUGUCCUGGAAUAAACCACCUGAUGGUGGAAGCAAGAUCCGUGGCUACCUUAUUGAGAAGAGACCUAAAGACUCUAAAGAAUGGGAACCUGUUAAUGGUUUUCCACAUCCUGACACAUCAUACACAAUCCCAAGCCUCACAGAGGGAGAUGAGUAUGAAUUCCGAGUCAUAGCUGUUAAUGAUGUUGGUUUAAGUCUUCCCAGUAAGCCUUGUCCUAUGAUACUUAUUGAGGAACAACCUGACAAACCAAGAAUUAAUGCAGGAGCUGUGAAGGACAUUGUGAUCAAGGCAGGUCAGGAGUUUGACAUCAAUGUUCCAUUCACUGGCUUCCCAAAACCAACAGCAUCCUGGUCUAAAGAUGAUAUUGAUAUUCAACAAGAUAAUCCUAGAUUCUUUACAAAGGUGGGAGAAGAUUAUGCUUUACUGGCUGUGACAGAUGCCCAAAGAUCAGACACUGGGCAUUUUAAGCUUCAUCUAAAGAACAAGUCUGGUUUUGACACUGUGUACUGCAAGGUUACUGUAUUAGAUCGGCCAAGUCCACCAGAAGGACUGAAGGGCCAGGAUGUAGAAGGCGAGUCUCUAACUCUGAAGUGGCUGCCUCCCCGAGAUGAUGGUGGGUCCCCUGUAACCAACUAUGUGGUGGAGAAACUUGAGGUUGGGGCUUCAGCCUGGACCAGAGUCAGCAGCUAUAUUACCCAAACAGCCUGUCGUGUCCGUGGCUUGGUACUAGGACACAGGUAUAACUUCAGGGUAGUAGCUGAAAACCAGUAUGGUGUGAGUGAGCCAGCCACUACUAGUGAACCAAUCAUGGCCAAACUUCCAUUUGAUGCCCCUGGUGCUCCCGGAGUACCUGAAGCUGUUGAAACCACUGAAGAUUCCAUCACUUUGUCAUGGACAAGACCUCGAGACGAUGGUGGUAGUAACAUUAUAGGUUACAUCUUGGAAAAACGCAAAGCUGGUGAGGAUCAGUGGACUCGAGCAUCUAUGGCAGUCAUCCCAGACUUGACAUACAGGGUUGGCGGUCUCAAGGAGAAUAAUGAAUAUGAGUUCAGAGUAUGUGCUGUAAACAAUGCUGGCCCUGGACCCUACAGCUCUGCCUCCCAGGCUAUUGUUGCCAGACCACCACCAAGUGCUCCCAAAAUUGAUGCUAGUUUCUCUAUGCGAGAUAUUGUUGUCCAAGCUGGAGAGGAGUUUACACUUCGUGUUCCAUUUAGUGGAAGCCCAGUACCACAUGCUUCAUGGACUAUUAAUGGAAAGCCAGUGAAGCGUGAUGAUCGUAUCUAUUCUGAAGUGAAUGUAGCUUUCACUGUCCUUUUAAAUAAAUAUGCCAAGAGAGAGGAUUCUGGCAAAUACACCCUCCAACUGACGAAUAGUGAGGGCACAGACAGUGCAUCUUGUAAAGUAUUGGUUGUUGAUAAGCCUGGUCGUCCAGAGGGACCACUUGAAGUAACUGAUGUCACACCUGAAACAUGCUCCUUGUCAUGGAAACCACCACUGGAUGAUGGUGGAAGCCCCAUAUUGAAUUAUGUUGUUGAGAAACAAGAAAGUACAAUCAAGGUUUGGACCAAGCUGAGUAGCUUUGUAAGAGGAUGUCACUAUGAUGUGAUGGGUCUAGAACCAAAGAAAAAGUACAACUUCCGUGUGAGUGCAGAGAACCAAUAUGGAGUAGGUCCUGCUCUGGACACAGACUCUCUUGUUAUUGCCAAGUUUCCUUUUGAUGCCCCAAGUCCACCAGGUGCACCAACUGUUGUGGAUUAUGAUGCUCGUAGUGUUAAUUUGGUGUGGGAGAGACCAGCCAACGAUGGUGGAUCCAAGAUUCAAGGUUACAUCGUUGAAUAUAGGGAUCCUUUGGAUGGAAAAUGGAUUCGAGCAAAUGAUAUGCUUGUGAAAGACACAGCUUUGCGAGUCCGUGACUUAAUUGAGAACCAUGAAUAUGAGUUCAGAGUAAAGGCCAAAAAUGCAGCUGGUUUCAGUGAUCCUAGUCUUCCUACCUCAACCAUCAAACUGAGACCAAAAUUUACUCCUCCAUCUCCUCCACAAGAUCUUAAAGUGGCAAAGGUAGGGAGGAGCUAUGUGGAGCUGAAGUGGGAGAAACCCAAAUCUGAUGGUGGAACCAAGAUAACAGGUUACAUAGUAGAGAGACGAGAGGGAGGUAGUUCCUUCUGGUUAAAAGCUAAUGACUACAAUGUUGUGGACUGUGAGUACACUGUUAUGAAUCUGUCGGAAGGCAGUGAAUAUGAGUUCCGAGUCAUUGCAGUUAACUCUGCUGGAAGAAGUGAACCAGUGACAACAUCUGGUCCUAUCAAAGUUAGAGAGAUUGCAGAUGGAGUCAAACCUGAAUUUGUCAGAAGACUCUACAACAAAACAGCUAACCCACAUAAAUCUGUCACUUUAGAAUGUGAGGCUGUUGGAAAGCCACUACCUCUUGUUAGAUGGUUCAAAAAUGGAAUUGAAUUUCACCCUGGUGGCCGAAUUAAAGCCUAUGAUGAUGAUGCUGGUAUUUAUCAGCUUUUCAUUGGUGAAACCUUGGAUACUGAUGAAGGAGAAUACACCUGUGAAGUUCACAAUGCUCUUGGAUCUGACAGAUGUACUGCAAGAUUGAUUAUUACAGCACCUCCAAGAAUUGACCGCUGUCCUUCUGAGGUUUAUUUCCCUGAACAUGACAAUGGGAAAAUCAAAAUAUUUAUUGCUGGAUCAGGUCCUUAUGAUGUGGCUUUGUUCAAAGAUGGACUUGAAGUCCAAGAAGAUGAUCACCUGAAAGUCACUGUCUUUGAUGAUUAUGUCAUUAUCUUUUUACGAGAAGUGCGGAAAAGUGAUGAAGGCAAAUAUAAAGUGAUCAUAAAGAAUGAGAGUGGAUCAGCUGAUGCUUCACUCAAUCUUUAUGUAUCAGGCAUACCGGGACCACCACAGGGACCAUUAGAUGUAUCUGACAUCACUAAACACACGGCCAAAGUCACUUGGCAGCCACCUGCUUAUGAUGGUGGUUGUAAGGUCACACACUACAUCGUUGAGAGACGGGAAACAAGCCAUACACAAUGGGUCAUUGCUUCCAGCUACUGUAGGGAAACAACAUUCACUGUCCAAGGUUUAGUGGAAGGAGGCGAGUAUCUAUUCCGAGUAAUGGCAGUGAAUGAGAAUGGACAGAGUGCACCACUAGAGGGCACUAACCCCAUUAUUGCUAAGCUUCCAUUUGAUCCUCCCUCACCACCAGGUGUUCCAAAUGUUAUAGAAGUAGGUGGAGACUUUGUGAACUUGUCUUGGGAUAAGCCUGCAUCAGAUGGAGGUGCUCGUAUCUUUGGGUACUGGAUUGAUAAGAGAGAAUGUGGGACUCAGACGUGGCAGCGAGUUAACCAGUAUAUUUGUAUACCCACCCAGAUUAACAUCACCAACCUUAUAGAAGACAGACAAUAUGAGUUCAGAGUGUUUGCUGCAAAUGAAGCAGGAAUCAGUGCACCUUCCUCCAAUUCAACUUCUGUUCGUAUCAAAGACCCUAAUGCUCCAACCCCACCAGAAUUUCUGGUUCCUCUGAAGACAGUUAUUGCUGUGGAGAACAAAAAUGCAGAGUUUGUAUGUAAAAUAACUGGAAACCCCAGACCUCGAGUUACCUGGUACAAAGGUAUGCGAGAAAUCUUUGAUGGUGGAAAAUAUUCUCUUCAUCGGGAGGAGGACACUUACACUAUGAUAAUCUCAGAAGUCUUUGGAGAAGAUGCUGAUGAAUAUACCUGCCAUGCCUCUAAUAAAGGAGGCAUUCGCACUUCACGUGCUGAAUUAUUAAUCAAAACUGCCCCACAUAUUAGUGUACCACCACGUUUCAGGGAACUUGCCUGCUUUGAGAGAGGAGAGAAUGUGGUGUUGAAGAUUCCUUUCACAGGAUACCCAAAGCCCAAAGUCAAGUGGAUGCGUGAAGGAGAACUCAUAGAAAGUGGAGCUCAUUACGAAAUCAAAGUCUAUGACCGUCAUGCUAUCCUAACCAUUCAUGAUGCCUCCAAUAUGGACAAUGGUCCUUAUCGUAUUGUAGCAGAGAAUGAACUCGGAGUAGACUCUGCUAUUAUCAAAAUCCAGAUAAGUGAUAAACCAGACCCUCCACGCUAUCCCAAAAUCGAAGGUAUUUUUGCAGAAUCAGUAGUACUAACCUGGAAGCCACCAUCUUGGGAUGGUGGAAGUCAUGUAACUAACUAUCUUGUGGAAAAACGUGAGGCUCCAAUGACAAGUUGGAUCCGCUGUGGCCAUUCCAGGUUCUGCAAUUUUACAAUCACAGGGCUUAAUCCAGAGAAAGAGUAUGAAUUCAGAGUUUAUGCUGAGAAUGUUUUUGGACGUAGUGAGCCAAGUCAACCAACUGAUCUGAUUACAACGAAAAUUUCUUCAAAAGACAAGGCCAAGAAGAAAAACUAUAUGGUUGAUGCUUCUGGUAGAAAAGUCCGAGGAAAGGCAGAAGGGAAAAUCUUCAACUAUGAUCAGUUCGUUUUUGAUAUUUUUGAAAAGUACAUUCCCCAACCAGUAGAUGUGAAAACCUCGAGUGUAUAUGAUUACUACGAUAUCUUGGAAGAGAUUGGAGUUGGAGCCUUUGGUGUUGUUCACCGGUGUCGAGAAAAGAAAACUGGCAACAUUUUUGCUGCCAAAUUCAUACCUGUUUCUCACCCUAUUGAGAAGACACUAGUGAAAAAGGAGAUUGAUAUAAUGAAUCAACUUCACCAUCCUAAACUUAUCAGGCUUCAUGAUGCUUUUGAGGAUGAAGAUGAGAUGGUUCUUAUCUAUGAGUUUAUGUCUGGUGGAGAACUGUUUGAGAGGAUCACAUCAGAAGAUUACACUAUGUCUGAAGCUGAAGUCAUCAACUACAUGAGACAGAUCUGUGAGGGUAUAAAGCACAUGCACGAAAAGAACAUUAUCCAUCUUGAUGUCAAGCCUGAAAACAUUAUGUGCCAGACUAAAGCUAGCAGCAACAUUAAGCUGAUUGACUUUGGGCUUGCCACAAAGCUGGAUCCUAAUGAGGUGGUGAAGAUUUCUACUGGCACAGCAGAAUUUGCAGCUCCAGAGAUAGUAGAGAGAGAGCCUGUUGGUUUCUAUACAGACAUGUGGGCUGUUGGAGUGUUAGCAUAUGUCUUGCUCAGUGGUCUUUCACCAUUUGCUGGGGAAAAUGAUAUUGAUACACUGAAGAAUGUCAAAUCAUGUGACUGGGACUUUGAUGAUGAAGCCUUUGCCAAUGUCUCUGACUCUGCUAAGGACUUUAUUCGAAAACUGCUAACCAGGAAUAAAGAAAAACGAUUAACUGCACAUGAGUGUCUGGACCAUCCUUGGCUUAAGGGUGAUAUCACAGAGGCACCAACAGUUCCAAUUGCCACCAGAAGAUACAUCAAGUUCAGAGAUCGUAUCAGGGCCAAAUAUGGUGAUUACUGGGACUCUUGUCUUGUCCCAAUUGGACGCAUUGCCAAUUACAGUUCACUCAGAAAACUUCAAGAGGAAAAAUACAGUAUUCACGAUUUCUUCUUUGAUCGCAGACAAGCAGCUCCGAGAUUUGUGAUUCGCCCUCAGAGUACUUUUGCUUAUGAAGGUCAAGCUGCUAAAUUCUACUGUCGAGUCAUAGCAGUAGCUCCUCCAACUGUUACUUGGUACCGAGACACUGGAGAACUAAGACAGAGUGUCAAGUACAUGAAGAGAUAUCAGGAUAAUGACUUUUUCUUCAUCAUUAAUCGAUGUAAACUAGAUGACCGUGGUGAAUAUUUCAUCAGGGCAGAAAAUCAUUAUGGAUUUAGAGAAGAACCAGUAUUUCUGAAUGUACAGUCUAUACCUAGAGAAAUACCAAAAGUGAAACUGGAUGAACCUGUCAGAAGGCGUCGGGAACCACAACCGAAACUCUGGGAAGAACCACCUAACAGUACUCCCUGCUUUACCUUCCACUUACGACACCGAACAAUCCAGAGUGGCAUUGGUUUUAAACUGUUGUGUUGUCUGUCUGGUAAACCACCACCUGAGGUGAAAUGGUAUAAGGAUGGUAAAGAGCUGAGCAAAACAGAGUUCAACAUGAGCCACUAUGAUGGAGUGGUAACUUUGGAUGUGCCAGCUUGCAACGUGGAGGAUGGUGGCAAAUACUCUUGUGUUGCUGUCAACUGUCUUGGUGAAGAUGAAACAAGCUGCUCUGUGAUAGUUGAAGACCGCCGUGGGCCAACACAUACCUACUCUCAGGCGAUUGUCUCUCCUCUAACUGGAUCUUCACGGGUGGCUACAUCAUCCAAAGCAUCAAAUGCUAUGGACACUUAUCAGAGAGAUUACAAACAGGAGUACUCUCAUUCGGCUUCUACUCGAACUUCAGGUUACUCACACAGGUACUCAGCAUCAUCAAAGAAAACAUCUGAUCAUUCAUACUCUUCAUCACGAUAUUCAACAGUCGACACUGGUAAGAGUUCAUCUUCACAAAGCUACAGUUCCACCAGAGCAACCAAAGCAUCAUCCAGUGAUUACACCUCAAGUACUUUAACAAGUGCAGCUUCACAACUAUCAUCAACUGCCUCUACUCUGUCACCUACACCAACAAAACGAACACAGAAGCCUUAUGGAAAAAAGGAAGAUGUAGCUACAGGUAGUCCACAGCGUUCUCGUACAGCAACCAAAGAACUAGAAAUUCCUGAGGAUAAAGAGAUGACGAUGCCAUCUUUCAGUCACAGACUAAAAGACUUACAAAUUAAAGAUGGGGAACCACUGAGCCUCAGCUGUAUAAUAUCUGGAGAUCCUGAACCUCAUGUUGACUGGUUCAAGAACAAAGAGCUGCUUCACUCAUCAGACAUCAUUGACCUGAAGUACAAAGGAGGUGUGGCCACACUGACUAUCAAUGAGGUUUUCCCUGAGGAUGAGGGAGAAUAUAUGUGUAAAGCUACCAACCCAGUAGGUUCAGUGUCUACCAAGUGCAAACUGACAGUUUUACCAAUGGAAGGUGGUGAAGGAGCUGAAAAGAAGACUGGCAGCAAACCUCCUCGCAUCACAGAACAUCUACACAGUCAAGUUGUUAAAGAUGGUGAUCCUAUAACUUUAUGCUGUACAAUCAAAUGUACAUCCAAAUUUGAUGUUGUCUGGCUUCAUAAUGACAAAGAGAUUAAACCGAGCAAAGACUUUGAAUAUAAACAGGAAGGUGAUUGUUAUUCUUUGAUCAUCAAUGAGAUAUUCCCUGAAGAUUGUGGUAUCUAUACUUGUGAAGCUUUUAAUGACGUUGGAGAAGCUUUCAGCAGUUGUACUUUAAUUGUUCAAGUCCCCAAUGAGACACAUAAAGGACCUGGUUUCGUUACUUUUCCAAAGUCUGUGACUGUUGUUGAAAACAUGCCUGCAACAUUCAAGUGUGAAACUGAGAAAGAUGCUCUCACUGUUCGUUGGCUGAAAGAUGGUAAACCUUUGAAAGAGACUAGCACUCGACACCAGUUUAUUCAAGAUGGCCGGAUGUUUAAACUCAACAUCCCAUCAACAUUAGUGACAGAUAUAGGACAGUAUACAGCUGUGGCUGUUGAUAGUACAGGCGACUGUAGUGCUACCUUCUCCUUGAAUGUCUUGACAGAAGCUGACCUUUAAGUAAAGAUUGUGAUAUUCUAAGAUUUAUGACCACACGAACUCUGCUAUCGAAAAUUGACAACUCUACGGUCUUCGACUAACAACGAACGAUUUUAUCAUAAGGACUUCAUCAUGCUACUACUAAGUUGUUU